UGAGCCAUCUCUCCAGCCCCCCUUUAAUUGAUUAAAAAAAAAAUCUGUUCCUCGUUCCAUCUUUUUCAUUCUCCCACAUGGCUUCCCCUGUCUCUCUGUUUCUAUGGUCUCUCUCUGAGCCUCCCCCAGACUCCUCCAAGCAUAGUGUUGGAAGGGUACCCCCAUAGUUAGGCUGUCUGUGCUGCCUUCUGCCGGCACAUCUCGGGAUGGGUAGGUUGGAAGAAAUCCGGGUCCUCCGUCUAGCUCACCACGGACCCCGCUUCGCCCCUAGAGAAACCCUUUGCUUUGUUAACCUCGCUCUUUGCGUUCGUGAAAGGGCAGUGCACAGGGUGUGUGUGUGUGUGUGUGUGUGUGUGUGUGUGUGUGCUUGCUGUGACUCUGUGCUUACUGAGGCUCUCACAGGGCUUUUUGGCCGGGACUGCUGUUUGAGACAGGGUGCUCUAUGUCGCCCAGAUGGUCUUGAUUCAUGAUGUCACAAAGUUAAUAUGCCUUCCCGGUGCAAAAUCACGACAGAAAACUUUUAAUAAUAGUGCCUGGCUGGUUCCGGCUAAUAUACAGAAGGGAACCAGCCUUGAGCAGAGAUCCCUUUCUGCUUCUCUAGUUUCAUGACCGCGAGUUACACUUCGAGCAAUUAAACAUCUUUUACGAAGACAGAAAUCCUAAGGUUUGGUUGUUUGGACAAAUGGGUAGAGUUCCAAUGUACAGUUCUUGCCAGAGCUAGCAUGAGACAGACCACAACUGCAUUUCCUGGGGAGCUGUUAGCUAGGAUCCUUCUGCCAGCCAGGGCAUUCUAGAGCAGUGGUCCUCCUAUGCUGCGACCCUUUAAUACAGUUCCUCAUGUGGUGACCUCCAACCAUAAAAUUAUUUUCAUUGCUACUCCAUUGGUGUAAUUUUGCUACUGUUAUGAAUCCUAAUGUAAAUACCUGUGUUUUCUGAUAGUCUUAGUUAACCUCUGUGGAAGGGCCUCCUACCCCCCCACACAAAGGGGUCGGGACCCACAGGUUUACAGGUUGAGAACCCCUAUUCUAGUGGGUAGACAAUGUUAAUGACUAGAAAGGAGUAUGGGGGUACUCUCUGGGGAAUUCCAGCUUCUUGGCCCUGGACCUGAAGGCUUCUGAACUUCUGAUCUCCCUCUGGCUGUGUUUCUGGACAUGUGGGAGACAGGGCCUGACAUUGUGCGACACACCCUCUUCAAUCAGUGGGCUGAUUUGCAUGCUCUAUUGUGGUCUAGAGGCUUCCCCAUCCCUGUGCCAUAAGUACCCACAGCACACACAGCAGGGCAACUCUGGUACAGUCUUGUGCCUCUGGCCAUGGCCUGCCCUGGUUGCCUGCCUUUCCUUCUGAUUGGUGCCUUCUUGGCAGUCUUCCAGCCAACUCUGACCUAUCCUGACGCAGUACUGGUCUUCCCAGGCCAAGUGGUUCAGCUCAGCUGCACAAUCAAUUCUCAGCAUGCCACCAUUGGGGACUUUGGUGUGUCUUGGUACCAGCAGCGCCCAGGCGGUGCUCCCCAGCUGCUCUACUACCACUCAGAAGAGGAGCACUAUCGGCCUGAUGACAUUCCCGACAGGUUCUCCGCUACUGCUGACGUGGCCCACAAUGUCUGUGUGCUGACCAUCAGCCCCGUGCAGCCAGAGGACGAAGCAGACUACUUUUGUUCCAUUGCCUAUAAAUAACUUUGAUCCCUAGGGCUGGGGUAUCAGAUGAAUGGCUUCUGUUUGUCCCCCAACUUCUGCCCCUGACCUCGGACCUCUCUUUUUCCUUUAAGUCUUGCUUUCUUUCUCCUGCAAUAUGAGUUAAUAACA